UGGCCUUUUCUUAUUUGGGAGAUCUUCUAGGGUUUCGUUUCUCUUUACUUUCGAGACAUGGGUAAGGGAACCGGGAGCUUCGGAAAGAGGAGGAACAAGACACACACACUGUGUGUGAGGUGUGGCCGCCGCAGCUUUCACCUGCAGAAGAGCCGCUGCUCUGCCUGCGCCUAUCCUGCUGCUCGCGUCAGGAAAUACAAUUGGAGUGUGAAGGCAAUCAGAAGGAAGACUACAGGAACUGGUAGGAUGAGGUACCUCCGUAACGUUCCUCGCAGGUUCAAGAGCAACUUUAGAGAAGGUACUCAAGCAACCCCAAGGAGCAAAGGAGCCGUUGCCAGCGCAUAGGUUUGAAGGAACAUUUUGAUGUAUUUUAGUUGAGAUUCGGAUUUAUGUUUGUUUGCUUAUGACAAGUGGAAUGGUUUAAUUUUGAUAUGGAUGGAAACCGAUACUUUCUAUUUUAGUUUUGCUACUUUUCGUGCCAAACGUUGUUUUUUCAUAUGAACAUCCCCUUGGCAGAC